ACUGUAUUUUGUUGUCUGCUGUGAACUUGUGGACGCUGAACGCGUGAAGCUGCGCRGUCGGAGCUGCCCCUGAACGCACCACGCUACUCCAGCUCACUGAGUGACAGUGAGGUGCUGCUGCUCCACGGUAGCUGCAGCUCGGGGUGGGGGGACCGGCGGACGGGCUCUGCGAUGUGCAGUAAAUGGGAUUAAAGCGCUCAGACAGCUCUGGGAAACACUAAGAGUGGUAGUGUUAGGAGUAAAGGAGGGAACAGAGAGGGGAAGGAGGAGGAGGGGGGAAGUCCCGCUCUCUGCGCCGCAUGUGCUCCGUCUGUGUCUGCCUGGAAAACUUGCUCUGCAUCCUGGAAACCAGAACCGACUCCAUGGAGGGGCACGCGGGCGACCUCCACAACCACAUCMCCGCCACCACCAACAACGACGACGACGUGCGGCGGAGCGGCUACCUCCGCAAACAGAAGUCCAUGCACCGGCGCUACUUCGUGCUCCGCGCCGCGUCGGAGCGCGGUCCGGCCCGCCUGGAGUACUACGAGAGCGAGAAGAAGUUCCGCGGCAAGGCCCCCGUCCCGAAGCGGGCCGUGGCGCUGGAGACGUGCUUCAACAUCAACAAGCGGGCCGACGCCAAGAACAAGCACAUGAUCGUGCUGUACACGCGGGCCGACAGCUUCGCCGUGGCCGCCGAGAGCGAGGCGGACCAGGACGGCUGGUACCAGGCCCUGGUGGAGCUGCAGUGCAAGGGUAAAAAUCCCACGGACAGCGGCGCUGCAGGGGACUAUGGAGCACCCAAUCCUGGACCUGCAUUCAAAGAGGUGUGGCAGGUAAAAGUGUGGCCUAAAGGCCUCGGUCAGGCUAAGAACCUGGUUGGCAUUUAUCGUCUCUGCCUCACCGACAAGACAGUCAACUUUGUGAAGCUGAACUCCGACGCCGCUGCGGUGGUGCUGCAGCUGAUGAAUGUCAGGCGAUGUGGCCAUUCUGAAAACUUCUUUUUCGUUGAAGUGGGACGUUCUGCUGUGACUGGCCCUGGCGAGUUCUGGAUGCAGGUGGAUGAUUCGGUGGUGGCCCAGAACAUGCAUGAAACUUUGCUAGAAGCCAUGAAAGCCCUGAGCGAGGAGUUCCGCCAGCGCAGCAAGUCCCAGUCAAAUUCUGGUCCUGGAGGAGGGGCCACUGCUUCUAACCCUAUCAGUGUUCCCUCACGUCGCCACCACCCCAACCCUCCUCCCAGUCAGGUUGGCUUCCUUCGCCGGCCCCGAACCGAGCCUCCUGGAGGAGCUAACUCUGGAGCACCGGUAGCUGGUUCUAGUGCGUCCCCGACACCCCGGCACAGCUUUCCAAGGUCUCGCACCGCCAGUGAUGGAGGAAAAGGAGAGGACGGCACAGCGGGAUCUACUCCGACCCAUGGUGUGAACUCAAGUCCGUCCACUAAUGGAUCUUGCUCCACCACCCCAAUCCUCAGAUCAAAGUCAGCACGCUCAGCCCCAACCACAAAUGCUAAAACUCCCUUUGCGUUGAUGCGCUCCAUUUCUACCCCAGCGCCAUCCCCAGCCCAAAGCCUGUCGUCCAGCUCUGGGCAUGGCUCUGAAUUUGGGGGCAUGACAUCGGCCAGCGCUGUCCUGGGAUCUGGUACCUACAGUCGUGUGCCCUCACAUCAUACUUCUGUCUCAGGCUCACCCAGUGAUUACGGCUCUUCAGAUGAGUAUGGCUCCAGUCCCGGAGAUCACACAGUCCUCCCCUCCCUAAGCCUUCCUGGAAGCUCCGCUGGCAGCAUUGGCAGCCAGUCCAUUGGUGAGGAUGGAGCCAACUAUAUCCUGAUGAGCCAACGUUGUGGUGGUGGUCGUGGUAAUGCCUGUGGCGGUAACAAUCGAGGAAGCUUAAUGUCCCAGCCUGCUCCAGAAACAUCAGUCAUCGGCUCCCAAUCUCAAACUAGAAGGGUUCUUAGACGCUCCUCCAGCCGUGAAUGUGAAGCCGAACGAAGGUUGCUGAGCAAGCGCGCCUCCUUGCCACCAAUGGUACUGGAAAGACUGGCCCCGCGUCAGCACAGAGCUGAGGAGCCUGCGGACGAAGAUUCUGCAGAUUACGCCAUUAUGUCGAGGAGUACCAGCCGAGAGUCAUUUACUUCUCCCUGCUCUUCUAUACAAAGAGAAUCAGCCAUGGGUACUGGUGUCACAGGAGGUGGGUACUUAGAUGUGGCAGGGGAGAUAAAAGCUGAAGGAGGUGCAGGAGCRGUUGCUGGAAUAGACUUGAGAGUGGACAACGGGUACAUGUCCAUGCUGCCAGGAGUUACUCAGCCUCCUGUAUCCUUGUCCCAAUCAAUAGCCGUCUCUGUUCCUGACUUAGACUCCAAGCCUGCUGAUGACUACAUGGCCAUGACGCCAAACAACAGCGUGUCUCCCCCACAGCAAAUCAGACCUCCACCAGCUUCUGAUGGCUACAUGAUAAUGUCCCCCAACAGCAGCUGCUCUCCAGACCAGCGCGGCGGUCUCUCUGAAGGUGCCUGGGUAGGCAGCGGCAGUGCAGACAGCCGAGCCGGCAAUGACUAUAUGAACAUGUCUCCAAUUAGUGCACCUUCUGUAAAUGGCAGCCCCCCAUCUUCUGAGCACAACUGCCAUUUAGAAACCAGUUUGCAGCAACACCCCCCAAAGAUGGUGUAUUCCUACUACUCCCUUCCUCGGUCGUAUAAGCAUAACCCCACCUCUGGGCACUUUGAUGAUGGGCCUGGACGGGGUAGAAGGCCCAAUGGAAGUUGUAGGGAAAUGGGUGGUCGAAGAAAUAUUGGAGGGCAUCAAGAGCAACCAGCAGGCAAUACAGUGGGAGGACGCCAUCAAUCACUUUCUUCAUCCUCAUACUCUUCAAGCUCAGCCAGCAAUGAGAGUCUUGGGGAGAUGGAGGAUCGGUCUACCAAGGCGUUGAGUAAUGUGACAAGUGGGUCCAAAUCCAAAGAGGGAAGCAAGGCUGCACAGAGAAGGGGAUCUGAUGGGUUGUCUAAGCAGGGUAGUCAUACUAGAAGUAGACCAGUGAGUCUCUUUGUUGAUGUAUCAAAGGCUAACACUCUUCCUAGGGUCCGUGAGAACCCCUUACCACAAGAACCUAAGAGCCCCGGUGAAUAUGUAAGCAUUGAAUUCAAAGGGGAAAAAUACAACCAUACUGGGGUUAGAGUAGGGCGAGGCAGGGGGCCGAGGCAUGGAUCACUGCUGCCUCAUGGCUCAAAUAGUCAGCAUCCUCAAAACAGACCAACUUCCUGUGUAGGGAACUUCAUACCCCUCUCUCAGAGUCCUUCUACCCCAGUCACUCCCCCAUCUGCCUCGGAGUAUGUCAACAUGGACUUGGGUCCUUCUCCGUCCCCUUCACCCCAUUCUCUCACCCCAAUAGUUUUCCCUCCUUUCAACACCCCUCCCACACCUGCAGCUCUCCCUCACGCCCCUAAAACUGUUACAGAGGGUCCUGCAAGUCUUCGUGAAGUGUGUCCUGAAGUGGCUGAGUCCACUCUUAGGAAAAGCAGAGAGAGCGUUCCAUCAGUGUCUGAGUCUGAAUCUCCUAUAUCCUGCGGGGACUACACAGAGAUGGCCUUCAGCCUGAACAACAACACUGUUCCUCGAACAUCACCCAGCGUCUCCCCCAAAGUUCCAUCUCCCACCAGGACCGACCCACCUGUUUCCCUGUUGUCACGAGGUCUAGAUUUCCCACUAUGCAAAUCAGGACCCAACCCCGACCAGGGAGCUAAAGUAAUCCGUGCUGACCCCCAAGGACGCAGACGACACUGCUCAGAAACCUUUGUUGCCUCACCUUCCCUCCCCACCUCUACGUCCACUUCUUCUUCAACUGCCUCCCUCUUUCCAGAACAUACCCAGGCUGUGAGCCGCCGCCUCGGGUUUGAAAGCAUGCUGUGGGGGAACGGGGCUGUUUCAGAUCCCUCCACCCAACCCCCUGCCUCUGGAAACAAUCAGACUUCUACAGAGCAAGGUCUUAACUACAUAGACUUGGACUUGGUCAACAAAGAGAGUCCCCACGCUGGCCUAGAUGGGUCCUCUGGAAGCCAGCCCCAAUCUCGGCUCUUCUCUGUAGUGAGUGCGGGUUCUGGAGUCAGGGGAGUUGGCGCAGCUGCCGGUGGAAGCAACAGUUUGAGCCUCAACACAUACGCCAGCAUCGACUUCUUCAAAUCUGAGGAGCUGCGGACGCAUCAGAACGGAAACAAAGAGGGAACAGAGUGCUGAUGUUGGUGGGUCAUCCUCCAGGAGACAAUCCGGUACCACUCAAAGCGCUUCGAUGCUCUACGUUUGUUUAUCUUUUUUUUUUCUUGUUUUGUGACAACCAAUCACAUGAGAGCAGCUGGACCGGAUGUGACCCUGAAGCACUUUGACAGAAACUGAUGGAAACCUCUUUUUAUUUUAUUGUUUUCUCCUCAUCUGGUUGGUGAAUCAGACCAACGUGGAUGUGUGCCAAACGACACUCUUAAAAAGCUAUUAGCUGCUCUCAUUCCUUAAAUGAAAGCCAAUCACAGGACGGUACAAAAAUGAAAAACUUUCUCGUUUGUAAAUCUUCUAAUUACAAAAAGUUCCAAAUGUGUUUGUCUGGUUUCAAAACAAAAAGAGACAACUUGUAAAAAAUAAGUUUAAGUGCCUCAUGUUUAGAGUGUAACUAUUUUACAGAGAUCUAACUAAAGCUUUAGGUUUGAUGUUUWAUUUUGAUGUUUUUACAAAUGAGCUGAAGGUGCUGAUUGAGACAGGUAGCUUUGUUUUGUCGCUGCUGCGUUCAUGUCGUACAGGAUCCACGUUAAAAAGGUUGGGAAGUUUCCUCUGUGUGAUUACAGUCAAUCACUUCAGCGUUAACAAGAAUACACGAAAGCCUCGUGUUUUACUAAACCACUCCUGGUUUCCGUGUGAGUGUAUAGACAAAAUAUUUACAGUGUCUGUAAUUUGAAACAGGCCCCUUUUCAGCAGAAGAUCUAAAACUCCCACACAGUGACGCCAUCGUCUGCUUUGGUUUAAGCAUCGUACUUAUUCAGUGACCAAACUAUGGCUGCAGUGGUUCUGGUUGUGAAGAGAAAAUGCACAGAAACACAAAGAAACCAACAAAACACUUACUAGGUACACAAACUUUAAGCAUUUAAGUUUAAAUCAAAACACUUAACAUAGAAUAUCAAGGUCGUUAGUUGUACACAGAUCAGUUAAAAUAUAUCUGAAAUCAACAGGCUUUUAUCAUGGCCGAUAUUCAGGUUUAAUAAAAGCUGGAAAAAAGGGAAAUGACUUAUUGAAAUCCUUAAAUCUUUAAAAAUGAAAUGUUUAGAGAAUUAAUUGGUAAAACAGUUCUUGUUCAGUAGGAACUUCUGAUUAAAUUUAUGAACACACCUGUUUGUUCAUCUAAGCUCUAAUUUUUUCAACACUUUUUUUGUAAAUGUUGAAAAAACCUUUAUCUUUUUGCACAACCCGUCUACGUUCAAACCACUUUUUAUGGUAUUUUUUAAUUUAAAUGUUUUCAAAGUGGAGUUUAAACUGAACUUUUCAGAAACAAUCACAACACCCCAGAAGCCACAACAGCAAUUGAGCACGGACGGUUUUUAAUUAUUUUCACCAUCUGUUUUGCUUUAUUCAAUUUCUGUCAUCAAUCACGCUGAAGAAGUUGUUUCUCACAAAAUAUGGUAUCGAAGAAAAAAUACAAGCUACAAACAUUUUGGGAGAAGCUGUGACCAAGUUAGGACUUUUAAAUCUCUCUCUUGAAAUGUUAACAUUGUCGCCACCUGGUGGUGCAGCGYGGAAAUUUUUGCGUUGUUUUUUUUCCUUCAAUAACAAAUUCAGAAUCAAUCCAGUACAACAUGAACGCAGCACUUCUGCUAACAUUAAAUAUAAAGAUGGUACUAAGCUAUCUAUCUGCUAACCUUCUACUGUAGGAAAUAUUAGCAAAGCUGCUGUUAGCUCAGUGCCAACUGGUGUUAGAGCAGCGUUCAUUGCUGUGCUGCAUUUAAACUUCUCCUUGUCUUUCCCCCUCCAACCUUUGUUUACUUCUUCUCAGCGAGCCAUAGUCUAAAGUAUUAAAAUCCACAGGCUUGAAACAACACGGCACUUGUAGCAGGGAACAGAGUAGCUCCGCUAGCUUCAAGCCGGCUGGAUCAGAUUAUCAUAUUAGCCCCAUGCCAGGAUGUAAAUUCACUGUCCUGCUGACCACAGCUCAGGGUUAGACCCCUGAUAUAGAGCCAAGCAAUCCCAUUAGGGCUAUUAGCUCCAGACACUAAGUCUCCUUCAACUCAGGAAACAACAAAACGGUACAAACAGCUGAGGACAGGCACUCUCAUCAAUAGCCAUGCUAAUGCUAGCACGUUAGCGCCUGGAAAAGCUAACAGGUUUUCUCAGUGAAUUCAAACGACACCAAACUGUUUGAAAUUUUAAUGAAUAAAUGAAAGUGCUUUAGCUCUAAAUCCUUUGACACUCUUGGUUUCUAUCCCCUUUUCUCACAAUCUUUUUUUUUUUGGCUCUUUAAUCUUCACUAUGCAUAAGCACUUAAGUGCCUGGCCUUGUUUCCUUUCUCUCUGCCCCACUUUAGCACUAAUAGAGUCAUCAUAGCAGAGUAUAUUAAAUAUUUUURACUAUUUUUUGGACUGGUAAGAAGAACUCUUUUCAGCUUGUUUGGAGUGGCAGUGAUCUAUUGACUUGAUGGACAGUUUUACUUUUUUGUUUUUUUGCUUCUCCAGUGACCGAGGACUUAAUCACUGCAGGGUUUGUUGGUGCCAAAACGCAAACAGCAACAACACUAAGCUGUCCUCCUCUGACAGCACCGCUCCUGUCUGGACACAUUGUUUUACGAUUAAGCUGUACAUUUMUUUUUUCUCAGUCUCCUGGUGUUUUGUUUGGCAGCGAGGAGAAAAGAACCGUCUCGCCUCGCAGUCGGCUCGUGUGAAUCUUUUUGAGAUAAAGGUCAGAGCGGAGACGAGCGUACGCUUUAACCUUGAUGCCGCCUGUGAAAUUUUACCGGUGGGGUUUGAUACAAACCGGCCACAGCAAAAGAACAAGUUUUAAUGUUCGAGUUCAUGUCUUUUUUUUUCCUCUGAGUUUCACCCGUGUGUUUGUCUUUGGAGAGUUUUUGUUCUGGUCACGACUUUUUGAAGUUUUUAAACGCAACAAUGCAGUUUUAUUAUUAAACAUCCUAAUAAUAGUAACGCGUGAGACGUCCAAAGACAAAUGGAUGAGCUGAAAUGUUUUUGGUUUUUUUCUGUAUUUUGGAGAUGUUCUCAUUUUCUUAACACCUCAAUUUUCAGCCAAAUGCUUAAAUGUAUUUUUUUAGUCUGUAGAGGAAGAGCAAACAAGUGUAAUAAUUCUGCCGUUUGGAGCUCCCCUUCCUGCCCCCGUCCUCCCACCAAGGCUUCAUCAAACUGCCUGCGGUGCGGGAAAACGUUUCUCCUCGGCUGUCAUGGACGAUGGGAGGGCUCGAGGAGGAGGAAGAGGAGCGGGCCCUUCAAGAGGCCGUGUGAUUUCAAUCGUUGCGUUGUUAGAACUGAGGUACACUCGUGUGUACAAAAGUGGUGCUGCUGCUUGUCUGAAAUGUUUUCUCUAUUCCUGCUGCCCACCACCCUGUGAGGGAUCGAUUGUACCGAACGGGGACUUGUUGUAAAAUAUGCCAUUGGUGUAAAACUGUUUUUGUUGUUGCUUGGAAAGAAAAAUGACGUACAACAAUACAAA